CAUCGUUGGAGGUAGUCAAGGGGGGGAUUAGACGUAUUUGGGGUAAUGGACACCUUAGCAAAAAAUGACAUGAUUAUUUGAUAGAAAGAGGUGAGAGAUAUGUGGCUUUUCCAAAAGAUUUGUCUAUUCGUUGGAAUAGUACCUAUAAGUUAAUUGGAGUUCUUCUUAGAUAUAAACAACAUUUUCCUGCUUUUAUGAAACAAUAUGAUAACUAUAUUAUAAACUCGGCUGGGAUCGACAACUGUGAAAAAAUUUGUAAUGCUUUGAUAUAUUUUAAUAAUGCAACUGAAACUUUUAGUCAUGUUUAUAAACCUACCUCAAACCAAUUUAUUCGUGAAGCUGUUAAUCUCGCCGGUGCUUUUUCAAAUUUUGAGAAUGCUGAUUAUGUGAGUUAUUUUGCUGGUUUUAUGAAGGAAAAGUUUUUAAAAUAUUAUUCACAUAUUCCGCAUAUUUAUGGUAUUGCAUUUGUUCUCGAUCCUCGUUUUAGACUUGGUUCUUUAGAAGAAUGUUUGAAUUAUUAUUAUGCUGCUUUUUUUUGGUCCAUUGCCAAUGUAUGAGGACAACCCAAUUGAUCCGAAAAAAGAAUACAACGAGGUUAGUGAUAUAUUUUAUGCAUUAUUCAAUGAGUUUCAUGCACAAAAUGGCAAUGCGCCCCCUCCCCCGACACAAACAUCAUCUAAAGGAAAAUCAAUUUUCAAAUCUACGUUUACCAAUCUUAUUAAAAAACAAAAUCAACUCCCGCUACACAACAAAGCACAAUUAAUGAGAUUUCUUUGUAUUUAACUUAUGAUGUUGAUUUUGAAGAAGAUGAUGAUUUUGACGUACUAAACUGGUGGAAGGGAAAAGAAAGAAUGUUCCCGGUUUUAGCAAAGAUGGCUAAGCAAGUGCUAUCAAUGCCGGUUUCAACGGUUGCCGUGGAACAAGAAUUUAGUUCGGUCGGCAAUGUUCUAACACAAAUCAGAACGAGGUUGAGCGCUGAAUCUCUUGAGAUGCUUAUAUGCUACCACGAUUGGUUGAAAGCAGCACGUAGAACUCUACCU